AUGACGUCACUCGCAGCACCAAUCGUGCUUGUGGCUGGAGCCGCUUUUGCCAUGUCCGUGCCAAUUAUUGCACUCAAGGAACUCCUCCAGAAGAGGUCUGAAAGCAACUUCAAGAAGCACCUCGGUAGACGUCACGUCUGCAGAGUUAAUUUUGGUGAGUUGGAUACUCCCAUCAAGGAAAUCGAAGCGAAGAAGAACGCUGGAGCCUAUGCGGCUUCCGGAGGUGGAACAAUACAACACCAAACAUCGCCUCCACCAACAUACGAUGAACUGUUCCGUCCUCCACCGCCAUAUCGCACAAAAUGA